AUGAUUCCUACCCCAGACCUCUCUCACUUGUCUCACAAAGAUUAUGAGCAUGUUUAUGAACCUGCUGAGGAUACGUUCAUCCUAUUGGAUGCGUUGGAAGAAGAUGCCGAUUGCUUGAAACAAGUCCAACCCAGGAUUUGCCUUGAAAUUGGCUCUGGAUCUGGUUGCGUCUCUUGCUUUGUAGGGGCAAUCCUGGGUCAUACCUCGCUGUACCUCUGCACCGAUAUCAAUCCACACGCAGCAAGAUGCACUGUAGCGACGGGUGUUCGAAAUCAAAUUAGACUCGAUGCUAUCAUAGCCCCAUUUGCCCACCCGCUGCUAGAUCGUCUCAAAGGCAGUGUGGAUCUGUUGCUUUUCAAUCCUCCUUAUGUACCCACCGUCGAAGAAGAGGCGGCAAAUGCCCAACACCACGCCGACAUAGCGGGCGCCUGGGCAGGUGGUGAGGACGGUAUGCAAGUCACGAAUGAACUGCUUGGCCUGGUUGAGCACCUGUUAUCACCCACUGGCCAAUUCUACCUAGUAGCCGUCAAGCAGAAUGAUGUACCUUCCAUACAGCGUAGAAUGUUCGAUGAGCACGGACUACGGAGCGAGGUGGUCCUCGAGCGUCGCGCGGGGGUAGAACAUUUAUUCGUUAUCAAAUUCUUCCGCGGAUGCCCACCAACCAAGCAGGUCAUAGAAUUUUGCCAUUGACGUGGCUCGCGGCCCCAUCGACGACACGGACAGCAGUACAUGCGUAUAGCAACACAGAGGG